AUGAAUCCCACGGUUGAUACUUCAUUCUUCUUGCCGUGUUUGCGCGUGGCUGCUGCCGCCCCUCAGGGAUAUGAAGCCCCUGCACGUUCUCGCUCUGACUCCGACGAAGUGCCCAUCCUGAGGGACGACCGCGUGAUCGAUGACGACGGAAGGUACAACUUCGACGUGGAGACAGGAGACGGCAUCGUGGUGUCAGAGUCCGGUGGUCCCAGCGCCGAUGGAGGCAUCAACAGCGCCGGUUCUUACUCCUACACCGCUCCUGACGGCACUCCCGUGCACGUGGAGUUCGUGGCUGACGAGAACGGCUUCCAGCCCCAGUCCGACCUCCUGCCCGUGGCUCCCGAAUUCCCCCACCCGAUCCCCGACUUCGUCCUCGACCAGAUCGCCUUCGCCGCCGAGGAGGACGCCCGCAGGGCCAAGGAACCCUCCAACAGAUACGGCGCCCCUUAGUCAGAAUGUGUAGAUAGUACAAUGAUGUUCUGUUGUUGAUUUCCAUGCUUUUGCUAUUUAAUCAUAAAUAAAAUAAACUAUAUAAUGUUA